GUGAUUUUUGCUGUCACACACAUUAUCUUGUAUAUAUAUCAUAAUAAACAGAUUCCAUACCUGUUAUAUCAUGUGUUUUAUGUUCUUUACCAUAUUAGAAAUAAAAAAAUACGAUUGUUUCACCUGUGUUGUGUUUAUUAUUGUUGUCUCACGCCGGAAAUUACGAUAGGGGUCUUGAAAACAAGGUGUCACAAAAUUGAAUUUCUUAAUUCAUUCUUCCAUUAUGGUAUUAUGCGAUAGGAUCCACCCAAUGUAUCACAUCCACAGUAGUAAGGGGGUCUUCUGCUUUACUUUACUGCUUAUUGUCCAUCAGUUUUGUUUAUUUUCUGAUGUUUUGGGGAUUUUGAAUAAAGUCACUCAUUUCCGGCAAUCUACGAGUCAGACUAUGAUAUGGUACAAUACUGACACGAUAACUGACCCCUAUGUCCUGUUUUAACACGCAAAAUGAUUCAUACCCGAGAGGUUAAUAUUUAUGAAUCGUGAUUUUAAUAUAUAAUUCAACCAAGAGUCAACAGCAUGAUAAGGAAUAACAAAAACAAAAACGUUAAAUUUUACUUGCCAAUUUACGAGCACCCAAUUCUGACAAUAUACAGACACAUACACAUAUCAAUGUAUCUAGCAAAAGGAUAGGCGACUAAAUACUCAAUCGUAUGUACAAACAUUGCACCUCAGUCCAUUUCCUUAUUGGCACAUGGUCCAAAAGACGGCAUUGCACAAUUUACGAGCCACAAUUUACGGGACAACCCCUAAAAUUAGAUACGAAAAUUAAUGAUAAAUCAGCAUUGAAUAAUAGGGUACGACAUCCUACUUUACGACAGUGAAAGAAAAGUGAAAGAGAAAGGUAGGCAUUUUGUUUUGUGACUAAUAUUGUGUAAUUUAUCACCCCUUACCAGUGAAGCGUCGCUCUUCUCUUCAAAUAAAGAUAGCUUAUGAUACGUUUACACUUCUUAUAGCAUGAACAAAGAAUAUAUGACUGAAAAACGUGAAAAAUUAUUGCUUUGAUAUGCACACGUAUGUUCCAACAUCAUGAAUUGAUGAUGUCCCGUAUAUUGUGUCAUGUCCCGUAUAUUGUGUAAUUACACCUAUCUAAAGUUGAUUGGAUAUACGGAUCAAACUUGAUAUAAUCGAAAUGAUUUUGCGAAUUCAGCUUUAUAUAAUAUCUAAAUUUAUUAUUUCCUCCAAAAAUGAUACCAACAUAUUCAUCACAAUAUCACAGUACGGUACACAAAAUGAGUCCCGUAAAUUGGCCUUGUAAAUUGUAAUUGUUGUACCUUACUUUGAACCCAUUAAUAACACUCAAAUUAUGAAGCAUUGCUUCCAUUUGUAUAUGACACAUUUCCCAUGCAUUACUAAGUAACUUAAUUCAGUCUGAAUACUAUAACUAGUAACUAUUUGCAGCAACAAUGGCAAAGAGUAAAGCACAGAGGAUGAAAGAAUAUAGGGAGAGAAAGAAACAAGAAAUGGGAGAGGACUGGCUAAAGAAAGAACGCGAACGUGUUAAAAAGUAUUAUAUACCCCUAGAACUACUACCAGCAAAAGAUAGAAAAAGAAAACAAGCUAUAAACAGGAACAAUUGGCAAAACUUUAGAAACAAACGUCAAAAACCGAAUGACAGCUCUACUCCACAGCCUUCUUCAAGUAGCGAGAAUGAAGUUACUUCAACAACUGGUUAUUUACAGUUGCCAUCAUUGAUGGACAGUAUAGAUAAAUCAAGAAAGAGUAGUGGCAGGAAAAGGGUCAAUCGUGCACUAUCUAGGGCUCACGGAAAAAUUAAACGCCUUCAGAAGACAUCAGCAAAGAAUAGAAAAAUUAUUUCUAGGUUAAGAAAAAAAGUAAAUGACUUAAAACCCGCUAAUACCCCAAGAAGCAAAACAGAUAAACUUCUCAAAAAAUCUGGAUUUUCACCAAGCAAAGUGCCUAGAACAAUUAGAAAAAAACUUAUUUUCUCAGAGUGCGUCAGUGAUGAGCUUAAACAAUCAAACCAAAAAAAACCUAUUUCUGGAAGGAUCCUGAAAAAAUACAAGUUGGCAAAUCAGCUUAGGAACUCUGGGUAUACAUGGCGAAAAUUGAGAGAGAAAAAGGCAAGAAAGAUUGGCAAUCAGAAAAAGUAUGAUGAGAUAAGAAGUGAUGUGAUUGAAUUUUUUGAAAGAGACGAUAACUCCAGAAUGAUGCCAGG